GCCAACUUCAGGGCAAUUAUCAAUCGAGUUUUGAUAUAGAAAAGUUUGUCAACAAGUUUUUAUCAAUAUUUUUCGGUUUAAUUAGCAAAAUAAUUAGUUUAGUUUUCGAGUAAAAACAAAUUAAAAUGGUGAAAGAAAGUGAUGUUGAGCAUUCGAAAAAAAGAAGAAAAUCCGUGGAGACAACGGCAAUAAAAGACGGAGAUGUUUAUAAGACAAUAAUAACUUAUGAGGAAAAAGAAGCACUGGAAAGAUUUCCUGACAAGGAUUCUGAGACUUUUCUCAAUAUUUGCGAAGAAAUUCGCAAGGCAAUGAUGAGAAUUGCGGAAUUAAAAAUUAGUAAUGAUUCAAAAGCAAAAGAGGAAAUAAGUGAAUUGCAAAUAAAAACAUCGUUGGCAUUCAUUGAAUUGAAAAAAUUGAAUCGAAUGGAAAAAUUUCGGACAAAAUUUGCACGUGAUUCACUUGCAAGUGCAAAAAGUAAUGUCGAUAGUCGACAUUUGCAUUUACAAAAUUUACUCUACGAAGUGAUGCAUUUAAAAAAAGAAGUCAUGAAAUGUUUGCAAUUUAAAUCCAAAGACGAAAUGAUUGAAUUAGUUUCCGAGGAGGAAUUUUAUCGAGAAGCGCCCGAAACAAUUUCUCGUCCUGAAGUAACUAAAAAAGAUGAACAUCAAUUAAAAUUGGCACGUCUCGAAUGGGAAUUAACGCAGAGAAAACAAUUGUCAUCAUUUUGUGAUGAACUCACGGAAAGUAAAAAAGGCGUUGCUUCAAGUAUUGAACAAAAACAAGCUCGUUUGGAUAAUCUCGCUCCACAGCUACGUACAAUUUUGGAAGCAAGCAAACCAUUACAAGAAAGUCUUGGUCUUCCGUUGGAUAAAAUUCGUCAGGAACAUAAAAUGGCUGCUUUAUUGUCAUCACCGCUCUAUGUUCUUUAUGCAAAAACUUCUGCCUAUCGAGACGCAUACGAUUCCUCAUUGAUUGUGACGAUUGAGGGCGACGAGGACGAGGCACAACGAACUAAUAAUCAAGAGAGACCCCAAGAAUCGGAUUCCGAUGCGGAAAAUGCAGGUGACAAUGUUGUUGAAGAGGCGCCGGUUCACAAGAAACGUCAUCAUCGAAUGUCAAAAGAGGCGCGUCAAGAGGAUAAAAAAUCGAAACUUCUUCAACGACAUCCACUCAGCGUUAAGAUCAUCAUUAAUUUUUCAAAAGAUACAAAAUUGACGUUACAAUUUUACUAUCUGACUAUUUUGAAAGUUAUAACUGUCGAGUCAAAUUUGGAGAAUGUUGAUAUUGGCGGCGUUUCAGCUGGUGAUAUGCUGAUAUCAGAAUCAAUAUUACGUGAACUUUAUCCAAAAGAUUUGGGAUUAGAUUCGCCAAAUCCGGCAAAUCAUUAUCAAUUGGAAAAACAUAGACUUGGAGCAUUUCAUUCAUUGGGUCUUGGUUAUCCCUAUAAAUGGGCGCAAAGAAUGGCGGGACUUUAUUUCGAUGCCCCCGACGUUCAAGAGCAAAGGGCAAAUGUAACAAGCCAACAACUUGCGCACGAUAAUAUUGAAAAUGUUAUAAGAGAAGUAAAACGACGUGUCAAGGCACGUUUAGCAUUAUGUACUGAAAUUCAUCAAUUGGAAAUGGGAAAUUUGUCAAUUGUCAGUGAAACAUCAGAUCCAAUGCCAUUGAAAAUAUCGACAAAUUUAUAUAAAUUUGUUCCACUUUCGUGGCGAAGUUAUUGCAAUAAUCCAGAGACUCCUUCAUUUUGUCGUGAGGGUUUAGUCAAUUCCGUGGAUUUCUUUUACGAAGCCAUUUUUCGACGUGAUAACAAUGAACUUAUUGCACGUAUUGCAAUAAAACCUGAUUAUCCAAAAGUAACGCCGGUAUUUAGUAUCAGUAUGAGUCCAACAAUUCAUGUAACAACUGAUGUGAUACGCGACAUGGAACGUGAAAUAAAUGUCAUAUGGGAAAAACAACCAACAAUAACAGCACAAAUACAACGAUUACGUGCAUGUUUUGAUAUUUUCCUUGAAACUGAAGGACGAGCAACAAGGGAGAAAAUUUUCUUCUAUCCAGUUAAAGGAAGAACACGAGCACGUCCUUAUAAAUAUGUUGCACUAGGCGGAGGUAUUUUUACUCAUCGAUAAUAUUUUUUUAAUAAUAAUAAAAAAAAAAUUGAUAUACAAAAA